AUGAAGCAUGACUUUCCAAAGCGUCCACGGGAGCCUGCACCCAGCGAUUGCUGUGGCAGCGGGUGUACAAGAUGUGUAUGGGAUGUGUAUUUCGACGAAAUGAUGAAAUACGAAGAACGCAUGCAAAACGCCGUAAUUAAAGACGAGUUUGCAGAUGGUGAUGUUAAAGGGGGAUGUGAUAGUUCAUCUGAUGAUAGUGAUGGUGAUGGUGUUUCAUCGAAUUAUGUGGGCUCUGUUGUGGUCAAGUAUAUUGACAUUCCCAACGACGAAGGCCGCUGCGUAACGGCAGCGACCUCGAUAUCGACCAUACUCGGUCGUUUUUCUGAUGUUGUUGACGUUCAUACAGUCUCGAGCAGCUCCCGUGGCAAUUCCGGUGCUCACUCCCCCGUCGGGAACCAAGACAUACAUGUGCUUGAUGUAGUUUUGGGUGAAACUGAUGGAUUCGAAAAGCUAAAAUUACCAUUGUUACCGUUACCGGGGGAUGUUGUUGAGAUUUUUCGCCCCAAUGAUUACAGUGUGGGAAAUUGUGAACAACCCGGAGAGGUAGAAAAAUUAUGCGAUCGCUUGGGUGUGUCUCCCAACCAGUGGUGUGAACUCUAUCGGUCUCCGUUUGUGCCAACAGGCCACUUUCCCCCGUGGCUUCCGUUACAACAACCCGUUCAGAUCCGUACCCUUUUGGCCUAUUUUGUGGACAUCGGGAGUUGCAGCUACAUUUUGCGCCCAACGUUUCUCCAGACGCUAUUCCGUGUCGCGACGUCCGUUAAGGGUGUUCUCCCAGAUUCUUUGACACCUGAGAGUCGUGAUAUGCUGGAGUUGCUAAAGGUGUGUGGAUCGAGUGAGGUGGCGCCACUGAUAUACAAGGCCACCGUAAGUGGAAAUGCUACGCCAUGUUUUCCACGACUGAUUGACGUUUUAAAUGUGUUCUCAUUCGUAAAUUUUCCGCUUGCGCGUUUGCUCGAGGUCAGUGGACCGUUGCGGGCGAGAAAGUUCAGCGUAGCUAACUACACACUAAGUGAAACCGCUGACAGACAAGGGGGAUCGUGCCUGGGCUCUGUGCAACUCUGUUUGCGUGGUGUCGACGUUGCCAAAACUGAAAGCGCCGUUGAGAAGGAAUGCACCAGUGAACCUGCUCACAUCUUUGCGGGUCUGCUGCGUGGCGCCGCGUUACGGCGUUGUACGGAAGGAGGAAAUGGUGGGAACCACUUCACUGGGCACGUCUCAAACCCGUUGUGUUACUUUCAUUCUCGUCAACAUGCGCUUCGUUUGUAUGUUGGCACUAAGCUGUUUGGUAUGUCCUCGUUUGCGAAGAACUUGAAUAGGGCUAUCACCCCUGUUCGUCUGUCCACAGGACUGUCUCCAGUCCCAACGAUGUUGCCAUGGGUGAUACUUGUGGGUGCGGGUACUGGAAUUGCGCCCUUGAUGAGUGCAGUGAACGAACUCGUGCGUCGCCGUGCUGAUGGUUCGGCCGUUGAGCGUUGCAGUACUAAAUGCUGGGUGGUGUAUGGCGCAAGAAACUUCUCGGAACUCGUGUACCAUGAGCAGCUACAAGAGGCACUGAGGCUAGGUGCAAUCUCCCGGUACGAAGUAGCCCUUUCACGAUCGACUGCAGGUGAACACCCAAGAUACGUCACGGAUGUGCUGGAGUCGCAUGCUGAGUUUAUACGUUCUGAGCUUCUCGAAAGGAGCGGAUGGAUGUUUGCUUGUGGACCAUUGAGUGCUAUGCGGUCGCUGAGGGAACGAAUGACCGCAAAAAUUUUGCGCGCCGCGGACGACGACGAGAGUGUAUCUGAACAACGCAUUCGCUACUUGGAGGGCACAGAGCAUCUUGUAUUUGAUAUUUGGGGUUCGGUUGGCCUCUUCAGCUGA